AUGACCGAAAUUGUGGAGGAACAACGAUCGCUGAUAAUCGCCAAGGAGAGGAUUGGCUACGGCGACAUCUAUCCGACGAGUUUCAACGGCAAACUCGUGUGCAUGUGCUAUUGUGUGAUCGGAAUUCCCCUUCUUCUCACAACAAUCUCGACGAAUAGCACAUAUAUCGUCGAAUUUUACAAUGUUGCCCACAAAACGAUCAAUUCGAAGGCUUCGAAUGUGAAAGAUCUUCCAUGGUUCGUCUCGCUGUUCCUUCUGGUUUCGCAUUGUCUUUUGGGCGGCGUCAUUUUCAGCUGCUGGAUCGAUUCGAUGACAUUCAUCUCGGCGGUUUAUUUCAGCUUCAUCUCAAUCGCGACGAUCGGCUUCGGCGAUUUCGUACCGACACCGGAGACGUGGUUUCAGCAUUUCGUGAUCAUCUCAUUCCUCUCGACCGGCAUCGCGAUUCUCACGACGUUCUUCGGCACCCUUCAGCGAAUCGUGCUCUGGAUCCACAACGUUGGUCGACAAUUGCGCGGCACCGAAAACGCCGAGAUCUGGUUCAACGGCCACAUGAUGACGGUCGGCGAGCUCGUCGCUCUCGUCGCCGACCAUUUUCAGUGUACGCCGGAGAAGUUGCGCGACGUGCUGCACGAUCUUGACAGGAUUCUCGAGGUCGCCUGCAAUCCAACGGAAGAUGAUAGUACAAGAUCGUUGCGCGUCACCGUCGCCGAGGAUCCCGAACAGCAUCAGGUUACGGUGAAAUCGGUGGGAAGCCAUCAGAGGACGUUGACGAAAGAGAAUGAGAUGGCAAUUCAAGCGCUUGGCGCAAUUCAGCAUCAUAUAAGAAAGCCGUCGACGCGAGCGAAGCCGAAAGCGUCGCAUCACCAUUUCGGCGAGAUUUUCCAUCCAAACGCAUCGGACACCGCACUUGUUGGGCAUUUUAAAGAAAGUCCAUUGGCGAUGCGAAAGGAUGGGAUACGUGUGCAUAGCGAAGGGAAUUUGAUCCCUUGA